AUGUCGUCCGGGAAAACAUCAGGAAAUUCCUUCGCCACUCAUAUUCGUUCUAAACUAAAUUUACUGUCAUUCGAGCUAGCCGCUAACAGAAUGUACCCCUCACAAUCACUCCCAUCUAAGAUGGACACAGGAGUCCUAUUCUACGAGAUUGAUCCACCGUACAUCCACGAGGACCCGGUGCGCGCAUACUUUAAUCCUGAUGCACCCUAUGAUUUUCCUUUAUCUUGGUUACACCCCGGCGGACCUGGGAUAUCUCAUCCUGAGGAGCAGAUGCCUCCUCCACCUGACGAUCCUCCUCCACCUGAACCUCCUCUACCUAAUGAGCCUAUACCUGCCCAGCCUAUCCAUGAGUCAUCUCUUGCACCUUUUGUCCUUGAUGAGUGGGGUGUUCCUGUGUUACCACCCGAGCUUGAUCCUUUACCUGAGCCGAUCGAGCCUCCUGUCUUUGAUGAGCAGUAG